CAGGAUUAAAUGACCUCUACGGUCACAGCAGGUGACGCUGUAACCAUGGCAACAGUCCACUCCAGUCCGUGGCGGACAGGUAGCUGAAGAAGAGUGCGCAAAAUGACAUCCAUACAAGAGGAAAUCUUUAAAUGUGUGCUGUCCGGGGACUUGGGAGCCAUUAAGGAGCACUUUGAAUGUGAGGGUGCCGCCGAGGAGCCGCGGGAAGAGGACUGGUUCGGACUGAAGGACGAGGGGGGCAGAAAUGCCCUGUUAACUGCCUGCAUGCUGGGCAGGAGCGCCAUCGUCCGAGAGCUGGUCAGAAACGGAGCCCAGGUCGACGAGCAGACCGUCAGGGGUUAUUCGUCCCUGCACCUCGCUGCGUGCUGGGGUCACCUGGAGACAGUGAGGACUCUGCUUGAACUGGGAGCUGACACACAGGCCAAGACCUUCAGAGGGGAGAGGCCUGUAGAGCUGGCCAGGCGGUACUCUAAGACGGACUGUGCUGACUGUCUCAUCAUGGCCGAAGCUAAACAGGACUUGAUGUCAUAUUUAGAUUUUGUUAAAGACCUCAUCUCAGACGGAGAGAGGAACCUAACAAAGGAGGAGAAGAACAUCUGUACACGUGUGUGUUCUGCCAAGUCAGACUGGAUUCAGAGCGUCCAACACUCAACAGUGUCAGACUUCAUAGCCCAAAGGAAAGACAUAGAGGACACUCUUCAGCCUAUUCUCAGCAAGCUGUCAGCUCAGUGAGAGAGCAACAAGCUGUCCUUUUAAUGGAUCAUCACUGCAAAAAAGGAAUCUCAAGAGUAAAAAUAAUCUAACCCUAACCCAUGUUUUGC